GUAAAGCGAUCAUGGGUUCUUCUUCUAGAAAUCUUUAUGCAGGAAUCGGAGAAGGUCAAUCGACUUCCAGGCCACCGCUCUUUGAUGGCACCAACUACACUUAUUGAAAAGAGCGGAUGAGAAUUUAUAUCCGCUCAACCAACUUCCAGCUGUGGUUAGUCAUCAAAAACAGCGAAGAAACGCCAAUGAAGAAGGUCGGUGAAAAACUCGUCCCAAAGACCGAGGACGAAUUUAAUGCUGAAGACAUCAAAAAGUUGGAGAACUACGCCAAGGCAAUCAACAUGCUGUACUGCGCGGUCAACCCAGAUGAUUAUCGCAAGAUCUCUUGCUGCACCAUUGCCAAAGAAAUAUGGGACAAGCUGGAGGUCACAUAUGAAGAUAAUCAACGACCUUCACGCUCUCAAGAAGACUUACGCCAACAAGGAUCUUGUGAGAAAAUCCUGCGGAGCCUCACACCCGAAUGGAGAUCAAAGGCUGAUGCAAUCUACGAAUCCAUCGGAGUCUCAAAUGUCACCAUUGACGGGUUAAGAGGUAAUCUCAAAACUUAUGAAUCUACUAUUCUGACCCCGUCUUUGGAUGAACAAAAGAAGAAGGGAAUAGCGUUGAAAGCAACCAAGGAGACCGUGGAAGAAGUGUCAAGCAAUGACGACAACGAGUUCGGACUCAUCAUCAAUAAAUUCCACAAAUUCAUGAAGAAAGAAUUUGAAUGGAAAGGAAGAAAGCAUGACGGUCCCCCAAAGUGCUAUGGUUGUGGCGAGAUAGGCCACAUCAAGCCGAGGUGUCCAAAAGGCAAAAGCGGAAAGGACAAACCUAGCUUCAAAAAGCAACGUGCCUAUAUCUCAUGGGGUGGCAACUCCGGCGAUGAGUCAACUGAUCAAGAAGAGGAAGAAGCCGCCAACCUCUGUCUCAUGGCACACGAAGACCAUGUCGACGAAGUACAAGAGACCAAUGUUGCUACUGCACUCGUGCUGGCUUUGUUGUUCCUUCGAAGGUCACGCUUCUUCAACAACUGCAAGAUCCGAACAAUAGGACUUGCAAGAUCAACUUCAUUGAACAGGGAAGCUGGUUCCCUUAUGGAACCAGUGAUGAACCUCUGUCCCCUACUUCCUGUAGUUUAAGGAAAGUAGGAGAGGGUGUGAUGUGCUAGUUAGGAGGUGUGAUUUGGUGAUUGUGUGAUUGGCAGACCAGACCAGACCAAUGGCACUAAGGACAGUGCCAUACUUUAAGUGUGGGAGGGGUAGACUUGGUUGGCUUUAGGUUGUAAGCAUAUCCCCAUUCCCUCUAGACAGAGUAGGUUGCAUGCUCCCUUUAACCUUCAGUGAUGUGUGUGCUUCUUUCUGGACUUGGGAUUAAACCAAACCAUCAAUCAUGGUCUCCAAUUCUCAGCUAAGUUGUGGAGGACCAAGUAUAGGAAGGGAAAUGCUUCUUAGAAUGUCUGAAUGAAUAUUGCUUCUGGCU